AUGCCUCACUUGCGCCGACAACCAAAUCCACGCGACAUAGCAUCCAAUCAAGAGGGAAAUACCCCAGGAAGUCUACGAGCACAGUUCCAAACCCCACCAACGCGUCACACUCCCACCAACCCAACCCAUCAACACCAACCCCCCUCCACUGGUCCAAAUGCUCUCACGCCUGACCAGGUCACCGCGCCGGGGCAUCCAGCGGCACCAAUAAACCCCUUUAACAUUUUUGGGAGACCAAGGGUAGAGCACCCACCACCACAAAUGAUGGAUGAUGAUGACUUUGACGAUGAUUUUGACCCGCGCGGGCACAGCAUGCAAGAGCUUGGGAACGACGGACCCCUUGAUUUUGAUGAUUCCUUCGCUCAUAGUCAGGCCAUCGACGAGCAAUUCGACGACUCUGAUAUUAAUGGCGAGGAACUGGAGGAAGAAGUCGAGGAUCAAUUUGACGGAGAGGAUCCCGACCACGAGAUGCACGAUCGAGAAAAAUCCCCCUCCCCCCUACCACCCAACUUGCGCGAAAUCUCAUCGCUCGCUUCCUGGACCGUUUCCACCUCCAAGCCGGGCUGCGGCGUCGCGGCCCUCCGCAACCCUUCCCCGGCCCAAUACUGGCAAUCCGACGGACCCCAACCGCACACUUUAACCCUCCACUUUUUUAAACUGGUAGCCGUCGUACGCAUCCGCGUCUAUCUCGAUUUCGAGCUCGACGAAAGCUACACGCCCACGAAAAUGAUCUUCGCCGCCGGGAUGGGCGGCAACGACCUCGUCGAGUUCGCAACUUGGGAGGGCGACGGACCAUGCGGCUGGGUCGAUGUGCCACUAGAAGGCGUCGGCGGUAGAAACGGUGGAUGGGUGCGCAACGAGCCUGGGAAGCCGAAACGCCGAUCUACGAGUAUGCGUCGACGGACAAUUGUGUACCGGAAUUGUGAUGACCCUGAUCAUGAGCAUGAUGAUGAGUGUGAUCCAUUUUACGAGGUUGAUGAACCUGAUAGCCAGGAUGAUGAGGAUGAUCCGUAUUCUGGGAAUGUGCUCAAAGCUAUGGUGAUCCAAAUGCGUAUUAUGGAGAACCAUCAAAACGGCAAGGAUACUCAUGUUCGUGGAUUCCAGGUGUUUGCUUGUGAUGAUAGUCGUCGUCGGAUGGCCGCUGCUCCCUCGGCUUCUGCUGAUCCUCGGCGCCGUCGUCCGUCUUUGCGUGGGGCUCAUGAUCUUCGGGGACGUACUGCAAGUGAAGAUGCGGAUACUGGGUUUGCUGCUACCGGCCUAGACGAGCCAGACUGGAUGGGUGAGCCAGUGAUUCGGUAA